AUGCCGCACGUCUUCAACCACGAUAAGAACGAGUUCGAGCAGAUCCACUCCCACCUGGUUCCCCAGCGAUCCUCCAGGGCUGUGAAGAAGCGCCAGCGAGUCUCCGAGAGCAUGAAGUUCCUCUUGGCACAGGAGGCCACGCUGACCAAGAAGGAGGAGGCACGGGCAAAGCGCAAGGAGGCCAUGAAGGACUGA